AUGUUCACCCGACGGGUGUUGUUCCGGCUUGCUACGAUCUAUCUGUACUAUGGCGCUCGUGCCUGCGGAAUUUUGCCUUUCUGCUUUGAUGGCAACCGUUUCCACAGCUGCGAAUUUCAUCUGCUAUGGUCUCUCUGUGCAGCGACCAGCACCAUCGUCACCGUUGGAUUUAGCUUCUACCGCAUAGUGACACUGCUACCGUACCCAACGUUGGAUAUUGUCCGCCAGCUGAUUUAUUGCAAGUUCAUCAUUCGACUCGGGAUCAUAGCAUCCUGUUACGCACUGGCGUUGAUCUACAACCGACAGUUCCUGGCCCACAGUAACGCAAUCCUGCGGAAUUUGCAGCGGCUCGAGUGCUUCGAGGUGCUUCCCGAGAUCGACAAAAAACUAGUCUUGUACGGACUGGGAAAGGUUUGCAUAGUGAACAUCAUGAUGAGCGUGCUGUUUGCGAUCAACUUUAGGUUCAACAUGGAAAAUGACCCAGUGCCGCUGUUUGAGCGCAUCAUGAAUAUUUACGCCGUUUUUGUCGUGGCCCAGGUGUCCAAUGUGUGCCUAUUUAGCCUUUACAUCGGAGCCCACUUGUAUCGUUCGGUUAAUUCGCAGGUGAAAAAAAUCAUACGUGACAUAUGCUUUUCCACCGAGGUUUGCGAAAAUCUGACCGCCUUGAGUAGAAUUCAUUACAGCACGAGUUAUUCCGUACAAGGAAUUUGUCGUAUUUUCAGUAUUCCGCUUGGGUUGAUCAAUUUGAAUCAGCUCGUGGUUUUCAUAGUAUGUUUUUUCAUUAGUCGUUAUUGCUUACAGAUGUACUUCGUUUAUGUUUCCACAAGUCAGCAGCUGCGACAUGAAUUCACCAUCACUUUAAACCGCUACUUUAAUUCAUUUCUCUACCUAGCUUUUGAACUAAUCCAUCUUGUGUGCUUAGUAUCAGCUUCAGCGCUUUCAGCAAGACGUGCCGAGAAAACUCUGCUUUACCUGAACGAAUUUUUCGAAACCGAAGUUGCACCUCGCAUCGAUGAAAACAUUCAAACGUUCACCAUUGGAUUACUGUUACGGGAUCAAUCAGUUUCACCAUGUGGAUUAUAUCGACUAGAUUUCGCGCUGUUCUUUUCGAUAUUUGCUGCUAUCACCAACAAACUUAUUGUACUCGUGCAAUUACAGCUCGGAUACUCAAUGCAUGACUCUAAUAACACGACUCGGUACAAAAAAAAAUCCUAA